AUGGUUCGACACAAGAAAGACUUUGCCGCCAGAGGCAAAAAAGGUGGCCGUGGCGGUGGCCAUGGAGGCGGCAGCUCUCGACAUCCCCGCCAACAAGACGACUCAGAGAGCGAAACAACACGCCCUGCGUUCAAGGCAGCAUGCUGGGACCUCGGCCAUUGCGAUCCCAAACGAUGCUCAGGGAAAAAGCUCAUGAAGCUAGGAAUGAUGCGCGACCUUCACAUGGGACAACGACACAACGGCGUCAUCAUCACACCCAACGGUCGACAGGUCGUCUCCCCCGCCGAUCGCGACCUCAUGGACCAGUAUGGCGCUGCCGUCGUUGAGUGCUCUUGGGCUCGUACCCAAGAAGUUCAGUGGAGUAAGGUUGGAGGAAAGUGCGAAAGACUAUUACCCUAUCUCGUUGCCGCGAAUACCGUGAAUUAUGGCAAGCCGUGGCGAUUGAACUGCGUCGAAGCCCUUGCAGCGGCCUUUUACAUUUGCGGACACCCCGACUGGGCGGAGCAGAUCCUGGGCCCCUUUUCAUAUGGCGAGUCUUUCUUGGAUAUAAAUUCGAGCAUUCUCAAACGAUAUGCUGCCUGUCAAGAUGCUGCUGAGGUGAAACAGACUGAGGCAGAAUGGAUGGAGAGACUGGAGCGAGAAUACGCCGAGAGUAGGGAGCAAGGUGACGGCGACAUGUGGACAACCGGUAAUACUAAUCACAGGGCGAUGCCCUCAUCAGAUGAGGAAGAGGACGAAGGGGACGAAAGCGACGGCAGGUCAGAUGAUGAAGGCAGUGUGGACGGCAUAUACCUUGGGAAGAAACCGCUAGAUCCUAAGCCUGGUGAAAUCCCCAAAACAAUAGAGGACGCACAAGCGAGGCGAGACAAAGAUCCAUUUGAUAUCACAGACGACAGCGAUGACGACGCCGCCAUGGAGGAAAUCCGGCGCAAGGUCCUCGCGUCCAAGACCUUUUCGAAUCCAAAUCCCGAGACCGAGGAGAAGAAAAAACCAGCUUCAAUACCACGACCACAACAACGGCAGCAGUACCAAGUCGAUCUUGAUGCGCAGCCAGAUUCAGAUAAUGAGAGGAGUGAUGAUAAUUAUGACGACAGUGAUCCUGGGGAGGAGGAUGAUGAGUUUGAUAAUAUCAUUGAGGCUACGCCCGUGACUGACAAGAUCGGGCUGGCAAAGCUUGAAAAGGAAAGGAGGCUGGCUACUACAACUACCAAGAGCUUCUCGUCAAAUUCGGUAUCGGCACCGAGUAGGUGGUAG